UACUAGUUGCCGGAACCGGACUGUUGCUAACUGGUUGGCUAGCAACUGCUAAACUUGGUGGCCCCGAGUACGCGCUUUGUGCCCCGCACAUUCUAGCAAGUGGGUUCCAGCGCGUUCACGGUCCACACGGGGCCGCGCCUGAACCGGUUAGCUUGGCUAGAGAGGAGGGAGUGAGUGGUAAUAGGGGAAGCAGCCGUCAGAGGAGACAGACAGUCAAGUCACAGGGACCAGCGACUGAGGAACUGAGUGCUCCUGAGCUAACAUCCCGCCGAGACAGCCCGCCCUUGUGCAUCCUCUCUGCGCUGCCACCUGCCCGGACCUACCAUUCCCACCCGCGGCUGCUGUUGCUGUGCGAGAACUUCUCUCCUGAGUGGAAGUUGGUUGCGCUGCUUCUAGAGGGAUCCCUCAAAUUCCUUCCAGAUUCUUUCGUUGGGUUGUUCUUUUAGUUAUUUCCCCUACCUUUGUGAAUCAUUGCCAGGAGCAGCCCUGCUGGGAAGGGCAGACUGCGUGCCUGUUUGGGGAGUCUUUCUCACAGCGAACUGCCAGGGUUACUGACUGGCACUUCAUUACCGGGAGCUGCCAUUUGAUAUCCGGGCCAUUUCAGGUGUAGGUGGCCCAGGCUAGGUUGGGCAGCUCCUCCAGCGUUGGCAUAUCGGAUCUUGGAAUAUGGAAGCAAGUGCAAGGACCUUCCUGGUCGUGUGUGUGCUGUGUGCAGCCACCCUAAGGACAGGCUUUGGGCUACAUACAGUCAAUGCAGUUUAUGGAGAAACGAUUAUUAUACCAUGUGGUCAUGAAACAAUCGAUGAUCUACUGUUUGCAAGCUGGAAAUAUGAUGCACAUGAUGGAACUUCACAAUUUUUAGCUUCCCGGUCUGCAGUGAAAAACAAAACAACCUAUGGUGAUGCUCUAGAAUACAAAAAUCGUGUGGAAGUGUCAGAAAACUAUACAUUAUUUAUCGCAAAUGCAGUAAUAAAUGAUGAGAGAAGAUUUGUGUGCAUGCGUGUAACAGCAGACAAUGUUUUUGAAGACCCAGCGGUAGUCAGAGUGUUCAAGCCUGCAUCGAAACCUGAAAUUCUAGAGCAGCCAAAAAUCAUGGAGACAGGAAAGAUAAAUAGGGUUGGAGUCUGUGUUGCCAAAGAUAGCUACCCAGAUGGAAAUAUAACGUGGUACAGAAAUGGCAAAAUUCUUUUGCCAAUUGAUGGAGCUGUGAUUAUAGAUUGGAACAAAGAAAACAAUUCUUCUAGCGGUCUUUAUAGCAUGCAGUCAUCACUUCACUAUAUGGCAACAAAGGAAGAUAUAAGAGCUAUUUUCAGCUGCACCGUAACCUUCUUUAUGCCAAAUGGACAAGUAUCGGCCGUAUCUGACACUGCUAGCUUUGAUAUUUAUUACCCAACUGAAAAGGUAACAAUUCAGAUACAGCCAUCAAAAAAGUACAUAAAGGAAGGUGAUAACAUCACUCUCCAGUGUAGAGGAAAUGGUAAUCCACCUCCACAAGAAUUUCUGUAUUACCUUCCAGGUCAGGAAGAAGGUAUUGUAAGCUCAAGUGCCUACCACAUAACCGACAUAAAAAGAAAUGCAACUGGGGAUUAUAAAUGUUCUCUAUCAGAUAAAAACAUGAUGGCAUCAACCACAGUUACCGUUCAUUAUCUAGACCUGGCUUUAACACCAAGUGGAGAGGUUACUAAACAGAUUGGAGAUACCUUUUCUGUGUUGUGUGUUCCAUUUGCAAGUAAAAAUGUAUCAGUCAUGUUUAUGAAAGACAGUAAAAUAUUGACAGCACUUCCUUUUAAGAACUUACAGUAUCGUGAUUCAGGUGUUUAUGAAUGCUUGGCUAACCUGGAAGAAGAAGGUCUAAAAAGUCGGAAAACAUUAAAGCUUACUGUAGAAGGAAAACCAAGACUAAAACUUUCUAAAACUCCGUCCUCUGAUGGGAAGACUAAAACAAUUAGUUACGAAGUUGAAGGCUUUCCAAAACCAGAAGUGUCCUGCUCAAGCACAGGAAAUUUAGUCCACUUAAACAAAACAGACGAGACAGUGAUAAGUAAUAUAAGGUAUUCUGCCAAGAUCAUUAUCUCACCAGAAGAAAAUACUACUGUAAUCUGUGUAGCUGAAAACAAGCUGGGAAAAGAAGUUCGAACACUAAAUGUUUCAGCAAUAAGCAUCCCAGAGAGAGAUGAGCAAAAUGAUAGCAGUGAUGACAGUAGCGAUCAUGCAAAACUCAUUGUGGGAAUUGUCGUUGGCCUUCUCCUGGCUGCACUUGUCGCUGGAGUAGCCUACUGUAUAUACAUUAGAAAAUCCAGCCCAGGAACGAAACAUGUAGGAAAAGAACUUGGAAACACGGAAGAAAACAAGAAGCUUGAAGAAAAUAACCACAAGUCAGAAGCCUAAGAAUUCUAUAAAUUGCAAAGAAUUAAAGGAAUGCUGUAAACACCUGUCUAAAGAAUGGAUGCGGAUUGUAAUUAUGGAGAUAAAAGGAGAAGCUGCAACUAGUCAUGGUUGAAGUAUUAACAUUUGUACCAAGUUGUCCCAGGAUUAUAAGGAAUAAUAUCUCAGUACCGGAUAAACAAAAACUGUUCCAACAGCCAUGAUGAUAGCUUACCAUGUUGUGUUUUGUUAUUUUUAUGUAAAUGUCUGCACUGAAAAUUUGUUUUGCCUUUUAUGUAAAUUUUUUUACGUAGCUAUUUUUAUACACUGUAAGGCUUUGUUCUGGAGUUGCUGUUCUCGGAUGUAAAGCAUAAUGUCAUUGUUUUUUUUUUUCAUAUUUUACACUGUUGAAUGCACAGGUAAACAUGAAGUUCUGGUUGCUAUCAGUAAAUGACUAUAAUAACCAGCUGGGACAUUUUGCCAUUGCACAAAUUAUGUUUUUGUCAAUAUAAUUUUAAUUAAUGCCCAUUUAUUAACUAAAAUAAAUGGCAGUUGCCACUACCAUUGUAUGAUUCUGCUUGCAGCGACAUAGUUGAUAAACCUCACUACAUGAAUUCAAAUGCUGUUACUGAUAGCAUAUCAGAUAGAACUGGUUUCUUAUUUUUCCAUAAUUUAUGAAUGACUGGAAUUCAUGUUGUUCUAUACUGCCUUACAUUAUCAUAGAAAAAACACUAAAAGAAUGUGCGCAACAAGGGGCAGAUCAAAGGGAUUAUUUAAAGAAAGAAUCCCAAAUAAUUUAUAAAUUUUUAUACGCUUCAAUACAUUAUGUAUUUAAUUAGAAGUUUCUGUUAUUAUUAGCAUAGACUUUUGGAAAAAAAAGCAAGAAUUCACUCUUCUUUCUGUCCUUGAUCUUUUUUUCUAUUUUCUGGUUUUAUCAAGACAAAACGAUUGCAGCUAUUUGCACCAUUUAGCCCAUCCCCUGAUAAUGAAAUGGUACAAAGGGGGGUGAGGGGUUUUGGUAAAAAUUGGUGGAAAUUGUACAAUUACAGUAAAUAGUGCUUGUCACCUUUUUUAACCUUCAUCAUUGCCCCUGGACUUGCAACUAAGGUUUACAUAAAAUUCUGUGUGAUUAACACUCUUGUCUAAUGGUUGGGAUAUGGCUUGUGCAAGCAUAUUUGGCUGGAAAGGUUGUGUCACUUUCAUACUGUAUUUAAGAGGAAGGCCAUGGAUCUAGUUUUUCUUAUGUUUUGAAAGUCAGAAGCUUUUAUGUUGUGAAGAGCUUUUGUUUCACAGCCAUGCAAGUCAGUAUUUAGCUCUCCAAGAGCUCAUAUUCACUUGUGCUUUUACUUGCAUCCAUUGGGUGCUCUUUUAUGUACCAAUUUUGCAUGUGCUUAACUUGAAGUGUGAAGUGCUACAUACUUAAAGUUUCAGAUGGCACAGUAUGAGCAGAAAAACAAAGUCUUUCUGUUACAUUGCUACUGCCAGUACUUAAGGGCACAUUUUAUCAAAAAUCAUGUUGUCAUGUUUUAUUAUAUCCUGUAAUCUUGAGUAAUCUCCCUUGUGGCGAUUGAUGAACUGGUCUUGAAUUUAAUUGACUCUGACUGUAGCUAGGUUCUCAAAAGUACUGGAAUAAGUUAAUCUUUAUUGAGUUUGAUCCAAGAAAUUAUAUUUGUUGCAAUAGUUUCCUCAUCACAACAUUUUAUGUAUUAUCCUGCCAUUUAAGGGGGCCGGUUGACACUUGAAUAUAUUGUAACAUUUGAGUUUUCAAGAAACAAGUCAGUCUGAGCUAGAGCAUUUUUUAUAAGUGUUGAACAUCAGGAUUUUGGCAUCACAAGAUUUUGAAUCUCAUGCCAUUGAUAGACAAAUCAAUAAUAAAUAAUGGGAAAGCUCUCAUUAGCCCUAUUAAACAUGAACCUGAACCCUGAGCAUUGAUAAAUGUGCCUCUUACAGUAUACCCUUGCAUCUGGCUUGUGUUUAGCAAAUACAAAAAUAUGAUGCACCAAAAAUACAAGUAAUAAUAAGCACUAGGAAAAUCGUCAAGAACAUUUGUGGAUAUUAAUUUCGUUCAGUGAAAAGUAAAAUUGGCCAUUCAGUCUGCUUGCAAUUCACUGUAACCUGCUGAUGAGACACAAUCCUUUAUUUUCUUGCUUUAUGUUGCUGAUCUGCAAACUGAAAGGGGUCAAGUUAACUUUAUUUUGCUUUUUCUUUUGUUUCAAUUUCAACAGGUUAUAAAUGCACCUUUAUACAUAUUUAUGUUAUCUGGUACAUAAUUUAUGAAUCCUUGUCCACAUAAUAAAAAUACCUAAGUAUUUUGUUUUUUUUAUUUUACAACUAUAAAGAACUGUUCAAAAUCUGUUAUAUUGUUCAUGGAUGGCAACUGUAAUGUGGACAAAUGCAGUAAUCAUCACAAGCUUUAUGAAGUCAUCUGUAAGUCUGUUUUCCGAGAAUGUAAUUAAAAAAAACUAUUUACUACAAAAA